UUUAUUCGAAAAAUGUUGAAAUGACAAUCUAAUCAAUUGGCGAAUUCAGUUUUGUGUCCUGGGCUGACUUAACAUCGGGUCAACGACCCGUCCAAGAAGUGGGCUAGAGUGGAAAAGGCCCAAUAAGCUCACAAGAAAACCAAAGAUAGUUUCGAAUUUGGGCUCAUAUGUGACAGCGUGAACACUAGCCGCCAGCCAACCAAACGCCUGCAGAUCCGAUCGUCGUCGUCAGUUGGCAACUCUUCCCCCGCCGAAAUCCAGUCACAGCAACCCAAUACCCAGGCAGUGGCGUCAACCCAUCUCUAUCAUCCUCCAGGUUCGUGCUUCUCUUCCUGCUUCAAAUCGAAAUUCGAGUCUCACGUUACGAUUCUGAUACGCUUCCAUUACGGUUGAGAGUCUCUCCAAUGGUUUAUGUUUGCGUUUCGUUAAUUUAGGGUUUUCCGAUUGGUAACAGAAGUAGAAAAGCGGAAAGAUGGACAUAAUCUCCCAAUUACAAGAACAAGUAGACACACUCGCUUCUCUCGCAUUCAACACGAUCGGAACGCUGCAGAGAGAUGCUCCCCCUGUGCGCCUGUCGUCCAAUUACCCCGAGCCACCGCCUCCGCCGGCCAACCCUGCGGAGGAUAUUGCGGAGCAGCCUAAGCAGAUGAGCGCUGCACUCGUCAAGGCUGCUAAGCAGUUUGAUGCUCUGGUGACUGCCCUUCCAUUGUCAGAGGGUGGUGAAGAAGCUCAAUUGAAAAGGAUCGCUGAGCUCCAGGCUGAGAAUGAUGCUGUGGGUCAAGAACUACAGAAGCAACUGGAAGCUGCUGAGAAAGAGCUGAAACAGGUGGUUGAGCUAUUUGGUCAGGCCACAGACAACUGCCUUAACUUGAAGAAACCAGAUUAGUGAAUGUUGAGCCCAAGAAUGAGGGAAUUCGUUCGUUAACUCGCUGCACAGUUUUAGAAAACGACAUGGGAGGUUUGGUUUCAGUCUUUCAGAACCCAUUCAAGUAUCUGAUUUCUUGUUCGCAUCCAAUAUCUGUAGCUAGUUUAGGCUCUAAAGCAUAUUUUUGGUACUAGUACGUGUAAUCUUCAUGCAAAACACACUACACCUGGUCAGAAGGACAGUAUCUAACCAUAUGUAUUGUUUCUUCUUGUGCUGUUUCUGUAUGCGGUAGGAUUUAUUGGUAGGAACAUGAACUCAUAGCCUCUGUAAUGCUUGAUGCUGGUGUCAAUUUUGGUUCACUUAUCAAUGUACCGAGUGAAACAUUUGUAGAUAAAGCUACGGUGCUGAUAUGGAAUCAAUCCGUUUGGUUGAGUUUAUGUUCAGGAGUCCCAAUUGGGUCGAACUCACUGUAUAAUAGCAAACAGUAUGACAGAGACGUUCCAUACAAACGUUUUGUCCCAAGUCUUGAAUUUCUUGUUUGCAUCUUACAUUACAUGCCUGAACCCUAGCACCUCACCAUCUCCAUUUUGAUUCGUCUGUCUCGAUUACGUGUCUCGUCCUAGUCACACUAGAUCAUUACAUCACUAUUUCACACUAGUAUUAGUCGUCUCUCAACGUCAAAUUCGUCAAAUUAAAGAUUAUCAAUUACA